AUGGUGGUUUAUGGACCGUCAACCAAAUAUUCUCAACUCUCUGAGGCCAGCAAUCAAGGAACACAAACUCGAACCAGGCCGGUGUUUACCGCAGAGAUAAGAGCCAGACAAUGUACUCUCACACACAGUGUGGAGCGUCUGUCGUGCUCGCCGGCCCCCCGGUCCGGCCGCAUUAGCCUCGCUAAGGUGACAAACAACACUCAAGCGAAACGUACGAAAGUGGGAACCAGGGUAGAACAAGACAUGGGUUUGUGGCAAGAGGAUGGUGAGGACAUAGGUCCGGUAUCUACGAUUGAUGCGCUAAGCGGUUUGAUGCAGGUUGCAAGUGCAUAUGUAGUGGUUCAAAGGGCUCACUUCGAAUUUGGCCGAUGA